CAAAAAUAUUUUUUUAGUUAAAGACCUCGAAAAACAGACACGCAAAUAAAUAUACCCGUUAAUAAAAAAACCUCCAUGAAAACUUCCGAGGAAAUAGUCCAAAUCAAAAUUUUAUUAUCAGAUUUCUUAUUUAUAACGCAGAAAUCACUCACAAAAAAUUGAUGCAAAAUUCAGUAAAGUGUCUGCUUUAUCAACUACUGCGAUUAGUUCACCUCACACAACGGGUGAGCAAGAUGUGCGGUACAAUUCUAUACUCUCAGUCGAGCCAGAGCGAAUGUUUAUCCAACAGGCGAAUGAAGAUGAAGGAACAACAAUCGUCCAAGCAGCAGGAGCGCAAUGAGAAGAAGAAGAAAAAACUGGCAGCGCUGGCAAAUCUAAUACAGUUGAACGACAGGGAUCGCUUACAUGAAGCAGAGCAGAAACAUCGCGAUACCGAAAAUGAAGACGAGGUGGAUGACGGCUUUAUCACAGUGUGCAGCAAGCGAAAGACACGGAAUCGUCUAACUAUUAUUGCAGACAGCAGCGGGGACGCUGCUGCCACCGCCGAUGCUGGUGAGGCGGACCACGAUGAGCCAGAAAUCAAGCGCAGUCGCCACAAUUCAGCAGGCGGCGACAAUACGCUUGCCGACAUGCCGGCCACACUCACCCAGGAGCAAUACAGGUCUCUGUCCACGGAUCUGCGUCGUCGCAAGCGCGAACUGGAGAGUGUGCCAGGCGUGCAUCUACGUGACAUGGGCCGACGUGCACUUCUCGAAAUACCUCAGGAGGAACGAACGCCCAUAUUCCUUACAGACAUACAGCAUCUGUUGAUGUCAGCGCUCAUUGGUAAGAAGAGUCCAUGCGCACCCGAUCGCUGGUGCUGUGCCGACAAGUUCCAGAGCUUAUCGCACAGCGUGGUGCUAAUAUUGGAUGGCCUAUCGCUCUACCACUAUAUGUCGAAUGAAAGCCGUUUCGAGGCUACCAAUAGGAUAUUCGAUACAAAGCUUGAGGUGGUGCUGCCACCGCAUGAGGAGGGCAGGAUCAUUGAUACAAUUGCGCAGAUUCCCCUUACCAGUGUCCAGGCCCAGAAGCUGAUUAACGAGCACGGCUCACUGGAAUCAGCUGUAGAACUGAACAAGGAUCCCACGCUACUCGUAAAGGCGAUUUUCCCCAUUGAGAAACAGUCGCCGUCCACAAAAGCAGAAGCACCCAAUUUACAUCCAGACGACAAGUUUCCUCGCACAAAACUAUUGCUCUCCGCAUUGCAAUUGGUCGACGAGGGUUAUCCGAUACCACUGCAGGGCGAGCUACACGCCCGAUUCAGGUCGUUUAAGUUUACAAAAAAAUCAUAUGCUCCAGUUACCGAUCGCAGUCCCAUGUACGGCGUUGAUUGCGAGAUGUGUCGCACAAUAACCGGAGAAAACGAACUGACGCGUAUUUCCAUAGUGGAUGAAAAAUAUCAGACCGUGUAUGAGACGUUGGUGCGUCCCACGAAUAAAAUCACUGACUACCUAACGCAAUACUCGGGCAUCACGGCUGACAUUAUGCAGUCUGUGACGAAGACUUUGGUGGAUGUGCAGCGGGAGGUAUCCGAAUUGCUGCCGCCAGACGCAAUUUUGGUUGGCCAAUCGCUCAACUCUGAUUUGAAUGCCAUGCGAAUGAUGCAUCCGUAUGUGAUAGACACCAGUGUGUGCUUCAACAUAAGCGGCGUGCGGAAGCGCAAGAGCAAGCUCAAGCACCUGGCCCAACGAUUUUUGCAGGAGAGCAUACAGCAGCACGAGGAUGGACAUGACUCCAUUGAAGAUUCACUCGCCACACUCAAGCUGGUCAAGAAGAAGCUGGCCAACAGCAUUGAGUUUGGCGACGAGAUUCUCACACAGCGCAAGCGCAUCUAUGACGUCAUUCGAGCCGCCAGCGGCGAUGGCCUACAAAACAAUUUGUUGGCCCAUGCAGCCAAGCGGGACAAGCGCACGGCUAUCGUGACUGUUGGUGAUCUGCAGCCUGGCCUGAAGGAGGUCAUCAGAAAGGCAGAGCAGGCUGCAUCAAAGGACAGUUGCAAGACGGUCUACGUGCACCAGGUGUCCAGCACCAAGGAAGCUGUACGCAAGGUGAACGAAAUCGCGCUGGAGAACGCGCUGACCAUUGCCAAUCUGCUGGUGCCCGAGCAGGACUUUGUGCUGGAAAGUGCUCAGCGCACUGCUGCCAAAUUAGAUAGUUUUAUUGAACGAGUCUGGAACGCAAUGGCCCACAAUGGGCUACUCAUGGUGCUCAUGGGCGGCUCGACUGAGUGUCAGAAAGGCGUAGCCAAAUUUGCCAUCAAACGCCGCAAUGGCAUCGCAAAGAGCCCUCUCAUUACCGCGGUUGCAGCUGCAGACUCUUAAACAGGCGAGCAUUAGCUACACCCACCCGCACACACUCUACAUAGAAUCAUGCACAUAUACGCAAAUGCUUUGACGAGUAGAAUAGAAUAGAAAGCCGAGAAAGGUAGCAUACAAACCCAAUGCCCAAUUCCCAAUGAAACAAUCAAACGAUCCAAGAAUCCACAAAUUCGCGUCUAGUUUUCGCACAAACCUUUGGUACAUGUCGCAGCGCAUCAGAGUGAGCAAUGUGCUGAACGCAAAUUAGCUGUAAUUUCCAUCUGAUGUAAUGCAAACAAACAAAAAAAAAAAAAAAAAAUGAAAAACCCCAAGAAAAGAAGAAAAAAUACUUUUA